AUGCUAGCAUCAGCAUCAGCAUCAGCAUCAGCAUCAGCGCAUCAGCAUCAGCAUCAGCAUCAGCAUCAGCGCAUCAGCAUCAGCAUCAGCGCAUCAGCAUCAGCAUCAGCAUCAGCAUCAGCGCAUCAGCAUCAGCAUCAGCGCAUCAGCAUCAGCAUCAGCAUCAGCAUCAGCGCAUCAGCAUCAGCAUCAGCAUCAGCGCAUCAGCAUCAGCAUCAGCGCAUCAGCAUCAGCAUCAGCGCAUCAGCAUCAGCAUCAGCAUCAGCAUCAGCAACAGCAUCAGCAUCAGCAUCAGCAUCAGCAUCAGCGCAUCAGCAUCAGCAUCAGCGCAUCAGCAUCAGCGCAUCAGCAUCAGCAUCAGCAUCAGCGCAUCAGCAUCAGCAUCAGCGCAUCAGCAUCAGCAUCAGCAUCAGCGCAUCAGCAUCAGCAUCAGCAUCAGCAUCAGCAUCAGCAUCAGCGCAUCAGCAUCAGCAUCAGCAUCAGCAUCAGCGCAUCAGCAUCAUCAUCAACAACUGCAUCAGCAUCAGCAUCAGCAUCAGCAUCAGCAUCAGCGCAUCAGCAUCAGCAUCAGCAUCAGCCAUCAGCAUCGGCAUCAGCAUCAGCAUCAGCAUCAGCAUCAGCAUUAGCAUCAGCAUCAGCAUCAGCAUCAGCAUCAGCGCAUCAGCAUCAGCGCAUCAGCAUCAGCGCAUCAGCAUCAGCAUCAGCAUCAGCGCAUCAGCAUCAGCAUCAGCAUCAGCGCAUCAGCAUCAGCAUCAGCGCAUCAGCGCAUCAGCGCAUCAGCAUCAGCAUCAGCAUCAGCAUCAGCGCAUCAGCAUCAGCAUCAGCAUCAGCGCAUCAGCAUCAGCAUCAGCGCAUCAGCAUCAGCAUCAGCGCAUCAGCAUCAGCAUCAGCGCAUCAGCAUCAGCAUCAGCAUCAGCAACAGCAUCAGCAUCAGCAUCAGCGCAUCAGCGCAUCAGCAUCAGCAUCAGCAUCAGCGCAUCAGCAUCAGCAUCAGCAUCAGCGCAUCAGCAUCAGCAUCAGCGCAUCAGCAUCAGCAUCAGCAUCAGCAUCAGCAUCAGCAUCAGCGCAUCAGCAUCAGCAUCAGCGCAUCAGCAUCAGCGCAUCAGCAUCAGCAUCAGCGCAUCAGCAUCAGCAUCAGCAUCAGCAACAGCAACAGCAUCAGCAUCAGCAUCAGCAUCAGCAUCAGCGCAUCAGCAUCAGCAUCAGCAUCAGCGCAUCAGCAUCAGCAUCAGCAUCAGCAUCAGCGCAUCAGCAUCAGCAUCAGCAUCAGCAUCAGCGCAUCAGCAUCAGCAUCAGCAUCAGCGCAUCAGCAUCAGCAUCAGCAUCAGCAUCAGCAUCAGCAUCAGCAUCAGCGCAUCAGCAUCAGCAUCAGCAUCAGCGCAUCAGCAUCAGCAUCAGCAUCAGCGCAUCAGCAUCAGCAUCAGCAUCAGCAUCAGCAUCAGCGCAUCAGCAUCAGCAUCAGCAUCAGCAUCAGCAUCAGCGCAUCAGCAUCAGCAUCAGCAUCAGCAACAGCAUCAGCAUCAGCGCAUCAGCAUCAGCGCAUCAGCAUCAGCAUCAGCAUCAGCGCAUCAGCAUCAGCAUCAGCAUCAGCGCAUCAGCAUCAGCAUCAGCAUCAGCAUCAGCAACAGCAACAGCAACAGCAUCAGCAUCAGCAUCAGCAUCAGCAUCAGCGCAUCAGCAUCAGCAUCAGCGCAUCAGCAUCAGCGCAUCAGCAUCAGCAUCAGCAACAGCAUCAGCAUCAGCAUCAGCAUCAGCAUCAGUAUCAGCAUCAGCAUCAGCAUCAGCAUCAGCAUCAGCAUCAGCAUCAUCAGCAUCAGCAUCAGCAUCAGCAUCAGCAUCAGCAUGAGCAUGAGCAUGAGCAUGAGCAUCAGCAUGAGCAUCAGCUUGAGCAUGAGCAUCAGCAUCAGCAUCAGCAUCAGCAUCAGCAUCUGCAUCAGCAUCAGCAUCAGCAUCAGCAUCAGCAUCUGCAUCAGCAUCAGCAUGAGCAUGAGCAUCAGCAUCAGCAUCAGCAUCAGCAUCAUUGCUGGACACUCACGACCACUCAUUGGGGGGACGGUGGAGGUGGUGGGGCUGGCGGUGCGCCAUGGCAACCGCUUUGUGCGGGAGGCCGCCAUGUUCGCCCUCGCUGCGCUGUGCCACGUCAUGGGGGGAGCACAGCUCACCAGUUUGGGGGAGACCAUUGCCUCGCACCUCGCUGUGGGGCUGGGAGACAACUGGAGCCAAGUCAGAUACGGAGUCUUACUCUUUCCGCUCUGCUCCUUUCCCCUGCCUCCCACCGUGCCUCCCACCGUGCCUCCCACCGUGCCUCCCACUGUGCCUCCCACCGUGCCUCCCACUGUGCCUCCCACCGUGCCUCCCACCGUGCCUCCCACCGUGCCUCCCACCGUGCCUCCCACCGUGCCUCCCACCGUGCCUCCCACCGUGCCUCCCACCGUGCCUCCCACCGUGCCUCCCACCGUGCCUCCCACCGUGCCUCCCACCGUGCCUCCCACUGUGCCUCCCACCGUGCCUCCCACCGUGCCUCCCACCGUGCCUCCCACCGUGCCUCCCACUGUGCCUCCCACCGUGCCUCCCACCGUGCCUCCCACCGUGCCCCCCUUCACCUCAACUCCUCCUGCCAACCUCACCUGCCUGUCCCUGCCCACCACACCCUCGUUCCUCACCUCUCUUGUUCAGGCACCACAACGAUCUGCCCCGAGCGCUACCUGCCCACCCUGCUGCCCGCCAUGUGAGCCAACUGCUGCCGGCCAUGUGAGCCAACUGCUGCCGGCCAUGGUGUUCAACCGCUAUUACGGGGCGGAUGGGGUGCGCAUAUACUCGCAGGACACGUGGCAGCGCGUGAUGGGCGGGGGCGGGCGGGCGGCGGUGGCGCAGCACAUGGCGCUGGUGGCGGCAUUUUACUGCCAGCAGGCGCGCGCCCAGAACUACCUCGUGCGAGAGACGGCGUGCUUCUGCAUCGCUGAGGUGGCUGCCAAGAUCGACCACCCGGUGGUGCUACCGGUGCUGCCGGACUUGCUGCCGAGCCUCCUCCGCUGUCACACCGACCCUGUGUGGCCCGUGCGCUGUGCCGCCUGCUCAGCGAGUGCCGGCGUGGUGGAGCAUUAUGGUGACGUGGCAGCACAGCACAUUGCCACGUGGGCACCAACCUGGCUUGCCAACCUUACAGACGUGAUCCCGGCGGUGAGGCAGCAUGCUGCGGCGCUGAUAGGGGCGGCACUCACCACGAGGGAGACACAGGGCAAGGCGCUGCAGGUGAGUGGAGUGUCACACAGGCAUGGGUCGCAUCGCAUCGCACAUUACGCAUCUCCCUCAGGUGGGCUGCAGGUGGUACGCAUCUCCCUCAGGUGGGCUGCAGGUGGUGCGCAUCUCCCUCAGGUGGGCUGCAGGUGGUACGCAUCUCCCUCAGGUGGGCUGCAGGUGGUGCGCAUCUCCCUCAGGUGGGCUGCAGGUGGUGCGCAUCUCCCUCAGGUGGGCUGCAGGUGGUGCGCACUCUCAGGUGGGCUGCAGGUGGUGCGCAUCUCCCUCAGGUGGGCUGCAGGUGGUGCGCAUCUCCCUCAGGUGGGCUGCAGGUGGUACGCAUCUCCCUCAGGUGGGCUGCAGGUGGUGCGCAUCUCCCUCAGGUGGGCUGCAGGUGGUGCGCAUCUCCCUCAGGUGGGCUGCAGGUGGUGCGCAUCUCUCUCAGGUGGGCUGCAGGUGGUGCGCAUCUCCCUCAGGUGGGCUGCAGGUGGUGCGCAUCUCCCUCAGGCGGGCUGCAGGUGGUGCGCAUCUCCCUCAGGUGGGCUGCAGGUGGUGCGCAUCUCCCUCAGGCGGGCUGCAGGUGGUGCGCAUCUCCCUCAGGUGGGCUGCAGGUGGUGCGCAUCUCCCUCAGGUGGGCUGCAGGUGGUGCGCAUCUCCCUCAGGUGGGCUGCAGGUGGUGCGCAUCUCUCUCAGGUGGGCUGCAGGUGGUGCGCAUCUCUCUCAGGUGGGCUGCAGGUGGUGCGCAUCUCCCUCAGGUGGGCUGCAGGUGGUGCGCAUCUCCCUCAGGUGGGCUGCAGGUGGUGCGCAUCUCCCUCAGGUGGGCUGCAGGUGGUGCGCAUCUCUCUCAGGUGGGCUGCAGGUGGUGCGCAUCUCUCUCAGGUGGGCUGCAGGUGGUGCGCAUCUCCCUCAGCGGAGCCAUGGGAGCAGUCGGAGGGGGCGGUGCAGCUGCUGCCCUUCCUCGCUGCCGCUGCCCCCUCUGCUGUGGGCGAGUUCCUACCCACCCUCGCACAGCUGGCGGGUUCACCAGCAGCAGCAGCCCACCCAGCUCUCCUAGUCACCAUCAUGCGCCACCUGCCGCGCAUCGCUAAGCCAAUGGGCAAGCGGCAGUUCAAGGCGCACCUGGAGCUCUUCCUGCCGCACCUCUUCACCGCCCUCGCCUCUCACCAGGUCCCUCUGCCACCUCGCUCCCUGCUCACCAUCCCCCCUUGCUGCUCGCUGCACCCUUUUCUCUCUUUCUUAAUCGCUUCCCACCUGAAUUUUCCAUGCAUCGGCGCGCUUCCGCCCUCUGCCGCUCAAGCAUUGUUUCUCCCACUCCUCCGCUGCUAA